AUGCCUCGCGCACAGAAAGCGUCCUCAGCACCGCGCCACGACCCGCUACACGUACAGCUCCGCAAGGACGAGCUGUCAGACAAAUAUGGACGCGUGACCGCUCCCGGAAAGCGCAGAAAGACGCGCAAGUCCGACGCAGAUGAUGAUCUCGAAUCUGAUGCAAUCCUCGAUCCUAAAACGUCGAAACGUAUCUUCGAACUCGCAAAGGAUCAGCAAGACGAACUCGAGGAGGCAGACGAAGAAGAAGUCCUCUCCGACUCUUCCUUCUCCCGUGCGCGGGACCUGGAAGAGAUCGACGACGACGAAGCCGCGGAGGAAUACACAGGUUUCUUGGAUGUGGAUCAAGAAGAGCAUGACCUCGACAUUGACGAGGGCGAUAUCAAAGCUCUGGAUACGUUCUUGCCGCCUAAUGCCGGGGAGCGCAAAACGCUUGCGGACAUGAUCUUCGCCAAACUCGACUUUGACUCCGGUGCGAAUCAGACAACCGUCAUCCGAGCGCCGGCAAGUAGAGGAGAUGGUGUACUUGAUCCUGCGGAGGGACUGGACCCGAAGGUUGUUGAGGUCUACACAAAAGUAGGUCAACUUCUGCGCAACUACCGCUCCGGUCCUUUACCCAAACCAUUCAAAAUCGUGCCUUCACUGCCCGGCUGGGCACGGAUCCUGGCAUUGACGCAUCCCGAGACAUGGUCCCCGGCCGCCUGUCACGCCGCGACGCGUAUAUUCGUGUCGAAUAUGAAGCCCGCCCAAGCGCAGGUCUUCCUGCAGGGUGUACUGCUCGACGCUAUACGCGAUGACAUCGUCAACCCAAAUACGACGAAGAAUAACCGCAAGCUGAACGUACACUACUACGAGGCGCUAAAGAGGGCUUUGUAUAAGCCCGCCGCGUUCUUCAAAGGCAUUGUAUUCCCGCUCCUCGAGACUGGUUGUACGUUGAAGGAGGCUGCGAUCGUCGCGUCUGUUCUCGCAAAAGUCAGCGUACCGGUGAUCCAUGCCUCUGGUGCCCUUGUCCGACUCUCUCGCAUGGAUUACAACGGGUCAACUUCAUUGUUCAUCCGUGUAUUGCUUGACAAGAAGUAUACAUUGCCAUACCAAGUACUUGACGCUUUGGUAUUCCACUUCAUCCGCAUAUCGAACACACACAAGGGCCGCUCGGAGGCGCUCCCGGUGCUGUGGCACCAAUCACUCCUCGUUCUCUGUCAACGGUACGCCGAACACCUCACGCAAGACCAGAAGAACGCUCUGCUCGAUGUCGUGCGCGUUCACCCGCACGCACAGAUUGGGUCCGAGGUCCGACGCGAGCUCGCCACACCGCAUGUGCGCGGCGACGCCAAGGAGGACGGGAUGGACCUGUCGUGA